AUGGCAUGUGGCACCGUCUUGUUGAAACCACAUAUUGGCCACAUCAAUAUCAUCCAAUUUCGGCAGAAAGAACUGUGUUAUCAUGUAGCGAUAUCGAGCACCAGUAACAGUCACUGCUUGACCAGCCUCAUUUUCAAAAAAGUAUGGUCCAAUGAUGCCUCCAGCCCAAAAUCCACACUAAACAGUGACACGUUGUGGAUGCAUUUGUUUUUCGACAAUCACAUGUGGGUUCUCCGUACCCCAAAAGCGUAUCAUGAGUCGGAGAAGUCCAACGAAGGUUCUGCAACACCGGCGAGGAAAUUCCACUCGAAGGAGGGCGUUUUUUUUAACAAAGGGGAAAAUGUCACAAAAGAAGUUUAUUUGCGUGUUCUGACAAAUGUAGUGAAGCCGUGGAUGGAAACUGUGUCGGCUGGAAAGCCAUAUGUUUUCCAGCAGGACGGUGCGCCCGCCCACACAAGUCAUUUGGUGCAAAAUUGGUUGUCGGACAACGUCGACAUGUUUUGGUGGAAAGAAUUCUGGCCUCCCAACAGCCCAGAUUUGAAUCCUUUGGACUUCUACGUAUGGGGCGUGGUUGAAAGGGUCACGAACAAGUCCAGACAUCCAAACGUCGCAUCAUUGAGAGCCGCUAUUGAAGCGGCAUUCACCGAUAUGGACCGUGACGCAUUAAAGCGUACCUGCGCACGCUUCAGACCGAGAAUGGAGGCGGUCAUUCAAGCAAGCGGGGGAUAUAUUGAGUGA